AUGAUCAAGGGGGAAUUUGAUGAUGAUGAUUACGAUCAUGACCAUCAUGACGAUGAUGCUGAUGACGAUGAGGAUGUUGAUGAAUCGUAUGAUGAUAUUGACGAUCUUGAUGAAGAUUGUGAUGAUGAUGAUGAUGAUGAUGAUGAUGAUGAUGAUGAUGACGUUGAUGAUGAUGACAAUGACGAUGAUGGUGAUGAUCAGGAUGAUGAUGAUGAGUGGGAGGAUGAUAAUGAUUCUGAAUUUGAGGAUUAUCAUGAUGAUUUUGAUGAAAAUGAUUUAGAUAAUUAUGGUGAUGUCGAUGAGUAUGAUGAUGAUGUUCAUGAUGGAGUUGACAAUUCGGAUGGCUAUGAUGAUGAAGAAGAUGAUGAUGAUGAUUUUGAUGAUAGUGAGGAUGAUGACGAAGGUAAUCAUUAUGAUUUCGAUGAUGACGAUCAUGAAGACGAUGGUGUUGUUGAUGAUGAUGAUGAUGUUUACGAAAGUGAUGAUGGUGAUUAUGAUGAUAAUGAUGACGAUGGUGAUGACGAUGAUGAUGAUAAUGAUGAUUAUGAAGCAGCUGAUGAUGACCACGACCAAGAUUAUGAUCCUGAUCGUGAUGAAUAUGAUAAUGUGUACGAUGAUGUCGAUGAAUAUGAGGAUGAUGUUGUUGAUGGAAUUAAAAUUUCGGAUAAUGAUGAUGAUCAUGAUGACGAUGAUGUUGAUUUUGAUGAUUAUGUUAUUGAUGGAAAUGAUGAAAACGAUGAUGAUAAUGAUAACGAUGACUAUGUUGAUGUUGAUAAUGAUGAUGAUGAUUUUGCCGAUGAUGUUUAUGAUUUUGGUGUAUAUGCUUCCGAUGAUAAUGAUGAUGAAUUUCGUGAUCCGAAAUUUGAUCAUGUCGAUUUUGAUGUUGUCGAUCAUGAGGAUAGAUUUGAUAUUGAUGAUGAUGUUGAUGGUGAUAAUGAUGUCGAUGAUGAUAAUGAUGAUGAUGUUGAGGAUGAUGAUGAUUAUGAUGAUGAUUUUGAUGAAGGUGAUGAUGAUGACGACGAAGAUGAUGAAGAUGAUGAUGAUGAUGAUGAUGAUGAUGAUGAUGAUGAUGAUGACGGAAAUGAUGAUCAUGAUCAUGAUCACGAUCAUGAUCAUGAUGAAGCUUCUGCUGAUGGUGAUUAUCAUGGUUAUGAUGAUGGUGAAGACGAUGAUGACGAUGAUUGUGAUGAUGAUGAUGAUGAUGAUGAUGAUGAUGAUGAUGACGAUGAUGAUGAUGAUGAUGAUGAUGAUGAUGAUGGUGAUGUUGAUGAUGAUGAUGAUGAUGAUGAUGAUGAUGAUGAUGAUGAUGAUGAUGAUGAUGAUGAUGAUGAUGAUGAUGAUGAUGAUGAUGAUGCAGACGAUGAUGAUGAUGUUGAUGAUGAUGAUGAUUGUUAUGAUUCUGUUGAUGAUUCGAAUGGUUAUGAUGAUGAUGAUUAUUAUUAUUAUUCGAAUUUUGUUUAUUUUGAGGAUUUUGUUGAUGUUUUUGAUAAUGGUAUUGAUGAAUUAAUUUUUGGCGAUGAUUUUAUGGUUAUCCUGAUCGUGAUCAUAAUGAUCCUAAUGAUGAUCAUUUUGAUGAAUCAAUUUGCAUUGAUGAUUAUUCGGCUGAUGAUAAUGAUUGUAGACUCGUUUAUUAUGAUUACCCUUUUGAGACUGAUCCAGGCGUGA